UUGACAAGUUGACAUAACCUCAAAAUUUUUGAGGGGGUCGAAACAAAACACACGUGUUUUGUUCCCCUUGAUAAUUUAAAUGUUAUUUACAAAUCGGAGUUAAAAUGAGUAAACUAUACGUGUUGUAUGAGCAUAGCGCGGGGUUCGCGCUGUUUCGAGUGGCAGAGUUUGAAGAAUUGGCAGCAUUCCUGCCACAGGUUGAAGAAUCAGUGACUGAUUUACAAAGAUUCAACUCGGUUGUUACAUUAAUCGCAUUUCAACCAUUCAAAUCAGCUAUAGUUGCGUUGGAAAACAUAAAUUCUAUAUCUGAAGGUGUAGUCCCAGAAGAUCUAAACUUGUUCCUGGAGGGUGCGCUACCCAAGCGCAAGAAGAGAGCUAAAUGUACCCUAGGUGUAGCAGACCCCAAGCUGGGGGCAGCCAUCAGCGAAGCACUGGAGAUACCAUGCUCACACACUGGUGCUGUGCCCGAACUCAUCAGAGGUAUUCGUCAUCACUUCCAUGCUCUGAUCAAAGGGUUAACAUUAAAAGCUUGCAGUGUAGCCCAGCUUGGUCUCGGACACUCAUAUUCCCGUGCCAGAGUCAAGUUCAAUGUGCACAGAGUUGAUAAUAUGAUCAUCCAGUCUAUUGCACUGUUGGAUCAACUUGAUAAAGAUAUUAAUACAUUCUCUAUGAGAAUCAGAGAAUGGUACUCAUAUCAUUUCCCGGAGCUUGUCAGUAUUGUACCUGAGAAUCAUUUGUACACAAAAUGUGCAGAAUAUGUUAAAGACAGGAAGUCUCUCUCCGAAGAGUCUGUGGAGCCGCUGACCGAGAUCCUGGGAGACUCGGAGAAGGCUCAAGCAAUUAUUGAUGCAUCUAAAAUGUCAAUGGGCAUGGAUAUAUCUCCCGUUGAUUUGAUUAAUAUACAAAUGUUUGCUGGUCGAGUUGUCGCGCUUAGUAACUACAGGAAACAGAUAGCGGAGUAUCUGCACACUAAGAUGAACUCUGUGGCUCCGAACCUGACCACCCUGAUCGGAGACCAGGUGGGAGCGAGGCUCAUCUCCAAGGCAGGGUCUCUCACCAGCCUCGCCAAGUACCCUGCGUCCACACUACAGAUACUGGGUGCGGAGAAAGCAUUGUUCCGUGCGUUAAAGACUCGCUCGAACACGCCUAAGUACGGUCUGUUGUACCACUCCACGUACAUCGGGCGCGCGGGGCUCAAGAACAAGGGCCGCAUCAGCAGGUACCUCGCCAACAAGUGCUCCAUCGCCUCCAGGAUUGACUGCUUCUCCGAAACUCAAACAACAAUAUACGGUGAAAAACUUCGCCAACAAGUCGAAGAUCGUCUUAAAUUCUACGAAACUGGAGAUAUUCCUAUGAAGAAUAUAGACGUUAUGAAGCAAGCUAUGGAAGAAGCGAUGCAGCAAGAACAGCUCAGCGCAGAAGGAAGCGCUAAGAAGAAGAAGAAAAAGAAGAAGGCAAAGAAAGAGGAACCAAUGGAUGAAGAUUGACAUGUUUUCUGAUUUUUUUUUCUUUUUUUAUGUAAGGGUAUAAAUAUAAGUAAAUAAGCUAUUA